AGUGGCCCACCUUUUUUGAAAACGCGGCACGCCGUAUGGAUUGCCACCCUCUCCCAUUACGUGUCAAUCUCUCUCUCUCUCUCUCUCUAUCGCUCUAUACGUGUAUAUAUAUAUAUAUAGAGAUAGACAGAUUAACAUUUAUACACCUCCAACAUCCUUAUUCAUCCAACAGUUUCACAGAUUUGGACCUCACCGACCUGCUAUGAAGUUGGUUCGAGCGUCGAUUCUUCUGCUCUGCGUCGCCGUCGUUGUGGCCGCGACUUCAUUGACGCCGGCGGCGGGGGGGAAGGUGGGGGGCAGGACGAAGGUGCAUGAUGUGAAGAAGAACGAGGAGAUUCAGCAGCUCGGGAGGUACUCGGUGCAGCAGUACAACCUCAGCCGCCAGAAGAAGACCAGGGGCAGCAGCGGAGGCCCGCUGGAGUUCAAGGAGGUGGUGGAGGCGGAAACCCAGGUGGUGUCCGGAAUUAAAUACUAUCUGAAGAUCGCCGCCACCGACAGCCGAGAUGGGUCCCGGAAGAUGUUCGACGCGGAGGUCGUGGUGAAGGCCUGGCUUCACUCGAAGCAGCUCCUCAACUUCGCCCCUUCUCCGGCGGGGAGGAUUUGAAUGGACGGCCUCCGGUUUAAGCUGUUCUGUUAAUUACUAUAAUUAUAUAAUAAGCAUAAUCAUUUCGGAAGAUCAUAUCUGUGUAUCACUUUCUCUGGGAAUUCUGUGUGUUGUGGCCAUAUCCGAGGUGUUCUGUUUGAGUUAGCAUGCAUAAGGAUUUUGAUUAAAUUAAUGAUAAAGUUGCAGUUCCUAUUCA